AUGUAUUCCUACAACUUCCACUUUGAGAGAAUGAGCAACUUGGACCUGCAUCCUCUGAGCCUGCCCGUUAGCCGGCUAUCUCCAGCCAAAUCCAACAGCAGCCUAGUCGACCAACUCACCCACCACCAACACAGUAAAGGAGACUCAGCCUACAGCUCCUUCUCUGGUGGCUCCACUGCCCCAGACUAUCCCUCUUCUUUCCUCCCAGAGGACCUACAGUCUAGCUCCCUCCACCAUUACACUGAUCUCAAGUAUGUGAGAGCAAUUUACCACCCCAACCAGGUGCUCCAAUCAGACGCCAAGACCAUGGAUCAGCUGUAUCGCUCUGUGGAAGCCAUCUCAAAGCAGUACCAACAUAACAACAACGUCAAUCACCACAGCCGUAAUGGCAGCAAUAGUUGUCUUCUUACAGACAACAAAGCCUUCUGUGACCAGGAAGUGCCUCCGGUGGUUCCAUCCCCUGUUCCUCUGCCACUUCUCCAUCAUCCUCCUCCACCUCCUGCUCGCCUGGAUAGUUUCAUCACCACGAGGAACCUGGAGAACAGUUGGGUUCACCAACACCAGGGUGCUGAACCCCACACCCAGCAACAGCAGCCUGGGCCCCACUCUCAGCUGCAUCAACAGUCACAGCUUCAAAAUGCCCAAGUGUCCAAGAGUGGCACUCCAGACGCUGGCAGCUCUGGUCUUAGAUCUGAUUCAGUCUAUGGAGGUCGGUGGGGCCUGCAACAACAGCUGCAACCACCUAGUCACCCCCAGCUCCAGUCAGCCAUCUGCGAGCAGCAACAGAAGUCUGUAAACAUCUUAAAUCAAUCACCCCCUCGAAGCGCCAGUCACAGUGAGUACCAGAAGCACAGACAGCCUUCCGAGGUUAUUGAAGGCGAUGAGAAUCACAGUGGCAAUAGCCAAUUUGAAGGCCAGCGCAAACGGGCGCACUCAGCCCACGAGUGCCUUGAUUUGAAAUACAGUCGGGCAGCAAGCCCUUGGAAUGUUGCUCACAACUUUAUCAACAGCAGCAUCCAGCAUAAAGGCCAGUUCUAUUUUGUCACGGGUGUUUGCAAGCCAGUUGAAUCUAGUGUGAGGUUGUACUCCGUGUCUCCAUGCGCAUCUGAGGCUGGCAGCGAGAGCUCCACUAUAGUGGAGACCCCCAGGGUCAAAAAGAAGGACAGGGAGAAAGAAAGGUGCCACAGCACAUUGGAUAAUUUGUUUAGGCCUCACAGCCGCAGUGACUCAAUCUCAAGUGAAGGAGAAGUUUUCACCUCCCUGACCAAGGAGCAGGACAUGAUUUCUAGGAGCCUGGAUGAGGAGAACUGCAGAGAAAUCCACAUGACUGAGAGUCAAGAGAAUAGCCGACACAUGCCCAACCAUCCUAUCUUUUACUGCGGCCCUGAGGAGAGCUGCCUCCCACUGUCAACAUUGCAGACAAAGGAGGUAUCCUCAGGGAUCAGCAAUGAACAUCGUAGUGUACACAGGAAAGAUGAGCAGGGGAAGAAAGGGAAACGUCAGCCACUUGGGGAUGUAGCCAGUGAGAGGAUUAAUAAGGAAACAACCCCACUGCUGUACCACCUCACCGGAGCCAGCAGGGCACUGAAGCCCAAAACAGACAUAGAUUUCACAAUGAAAGGCAAAGAAACAAAUGGCAACAAAAGUGGCAACAAAGAAAUCUCUGUUAGCUGCAAUGAGAAAUCUUCCCAAGGUGAAAUGGCCACAACAGAGAAAGGAGAGCUCAUCAACAACUCUUGUAACAACUUGGAUGAUUCUUUUAAGAAGUACUACAAGGAGAAGCUGAAGGAUGCCCAAUCUAAAGUCUUGAGGGAGACAUCUUUUAAAAGAAGGGACCUGCAGUUGUCAUGGCCACACAGGAUCAGGCUGGCGCCAGAACUGAGACCGACAGUCAUGCUCUCUUUCUCCUCAUCACAGGACUCUGAGACUUCAACGGACACACUCACCCCCUCUGUUGCCUCCGAAGAGACGGGGAGAGGAAGCAUGAGGGAGCAGGUUCAGGGGAAUGAGAAAGAGGGGGAAAGAGAGAGCGAGAAGGAGAAUGGGAGGCAUGUGAACAUGGCUCAGCCUCAGGUGGCACGUAUCGGAGGCAGAAAGCGACUGACUCCGGCACAGAAGAAGAUGUGCUACUCCGAACCGGAGAAGCUCAACCAGCUUGGUGAUGCCCAAAAUCACCAUGCCUGUUGUUCCCUCAGUGAUGAAGCUGAAAACUUAUUUCAGGCAGACUCCAAGAGAGAGGAACCUGUUCAGCAAGGAGAACAAGGGUUGGUUGCAGCAAGAAGGAAGAUGUUUGAGACCAGAGGCCGGGCCUUAUCAGCCUCCAACCUCUCCAAGACCAACCUAAAGCACCUCCAGCACAAGGCCUUGGUAGAGUAUAUGGAGCGUAAGACGGGGCAGAAAAUAGCCGAGCCCCAGAAGCAAGGGACUGAGUUACCCCUGCCCCCUAGACAAAGGCACUCCGUUGGGGAGAAGCCCUUUGACUGGGGUUCGAAGCCUCUGUCUGGAGCUAAUGUGGGUCAAGGCCCCAAAAAGAAACUCCACAGGCCCCACUCUGCAGGCCGCAUCCUGGACUCCUCCACCAGCUCCAUCAGGUAUGCCCAGUUCAUCUCAGCCCAGACUAGUUUGGCCCAUUGCGGUAGCCAACCUCGUCAAACCAGCUGGAAGGAGACCCAGUUUCCAUCUCAGGGGAGGUCUGCCUCAGUGGAGAGUCUAUUGGAUCCGGCAGAAACUCCUUGUUUAUUCAGGAAUAGAUCAACAUCCACACCACAUGCAUUACAGACACACUACCAUGAGAAGGAUCCAUCACCAGUCAACACUAUGGAAACCUGCAGUCUCCAGAAGAAAUCAGAUGGGGAGUCCAUUGCAAGAACUGCCCCCGAGGGCCAGCGGCAUAUCCGUGUGGUGGCUCAGAGAGGGAAGUCCAUGGAAGAGCUCGGAGCGUCUAAGUUAACAAAAUCCUCAGCCCUGAGUAAGAGCUCUGAGCAGCUGGACCAGCUAAAGUGCCAAUCAAAUAAAGGGGGAAUGGUAACACUGAGACAGGAUAAGGAGAAAAGGCGCAUCUCAUUCAUCAAUAAGGGGCAUGGAGAGGCUGAAGAGGUUCAGGAGAGGGAGAAAAAUGUCCAAAUGGCAUCAGAUAAGGCAGAACAGAGAUUAGAGGAUGGCCUGGGGAAGGCUCAGGCACAGGGACGGAUCCAAAACCUAACCCGGAGAAAGUUCCUGCCUAAGCAGGCCUCUGAACCACCGCUGGGCAGUGAGGUGGUGGCUGGGCCUCCUGUAAGCGCUGGAGCCAAGAGCUCAAGUAGAUCCACAUCUCCAGCCUCCAGCUCCUCUUCUCAGGCCAGGGUUCACUCAAGGUCUCCUGGAUCCCAGAGCUCUGUUGCAGAGGUGGUUGGGUUCUGCAGAUUAUCCAGUGAGGCCUCUGACCCUCCGUCCCCUAGGGGUCGAGCAUCAAAGGAGGAAGAGAGCAAAUCCACUUCCUCCACUCCACCCUCAUCCAACUCGACCAAACCUCCCAAUGAGAAUAGGCUCAGCCCCAGAGUCCAGAUGUCCUCUGCUGGGAUGACACCAGAACAAGAGCUGUCAGUGGAUGAGCCCAGUGGCGAUGUCCUAUGUCCUGAUUCUCAACAGGAAGUCUCUUUGAGCUGCGGUGUGACCACAGAUCCCUCGCUGUGGAUAUUCCCUCCAGAACAAGGAAUCAAGGUUCAAGCUCAUAGCUCAUCGAUAACUGACAAUACAUUGGUGGAUGAUUGCGUAAGCCCUGCAUCUCCUGUGUGGAAAAGCGAAUCCUCUAUAUCUUCCCCCAGCCCUGCCAAUGACACAGAUACUAAUGACCAGAGUGUGGAAAGGGAGCAGGCACCAGAAACGAUUGAUGAUAAGUCAGGACAACAACAGAGAAUGGAGGAAAUAGGAGCCACUGAACGGGAUACAACUAACCUCGGAAAGCCCAAUGAGAUGUCUCAGUGGGAAGAGCUCGUGGAAGCCGUUGUUAAGGAGGACCACUCACUAGCCAGGGUGCUCUACCCGCUGACCAAUCGCAAGACGGCAUUGAUGCUGAUGGAGCAGCUGCUGUCGGAGGACACGCUGCUGAUGGAGGAACACUAUAAGCAGAAACAGGAACAGAGAGGAGCUUCUGACAUAGUGGAGACGGUGGAGCAUGCUGAAGCCUCUCUCAGCCCAUCCUCCUCUGAUAACCAGGUACCUCAGUGUCCAACGCCACAGAACCAGGCAGAUAUCACUGAGAAAAAGCGGUCAUUAAUGGCCCGUAUCGAGGAACGUCUGCGUGUGGUGGAGGAGACGCGUGGGGCCCUCCAGAUGGAGAUCGAGGAGAACGUGGCACAGGGGGGAGCGGUGGAGGUUCUGGUGCGGGAACACUGUCUGCCUGUGGAGCUGGAGCGCUACACCCUCUUCAUAGGAGACCUGGAGCGGGUGGUCAGCCUGCUGCUGUGCCUCUCCGCCAGGCUGGCCAGAGUGCAGAAUGCCCUGAGCACCGUGGACCAGCACACGGAUACUGAGGAGAAGCAAUCACUGGACAACCGCCACCGCCUGCUGUGCAAACAGCGGGAGGAUGCCAAAGACCUGAAGGACAACCUGGACCGCAGAGAGAACCUGGUUUCCACCUUCCUGUCACGUCAGCUGACGGCGGAGCAGCUGCAGGACUAUCGGCGCUUCGUCCAGACGAAGGCCUCGCUGCUCAUCAGGCAGAAGGACCUGGAGGAGAGACAGAGGCUGGGAGAGGAGCAGCUGGAGGCUCUGCACAGCAGCCUCCCGCCGUGAUGGAGAGGGGAGAUUGAAACGGAAAAAAAAGCCCCAAACUUUCCUCACUUUCACCCAGCCCACCCUCCCGUGGAAAGUCGCUUCCUGAAGCUACCCCCACAUCUUUCUUUUUCGUUCUCUUUUUUACCCGUUGGACUUAGCUCACACGUCCCCAACACCCCCGCCUCUUUCUCCCAGCAACCCCCCCCCCACCCUUGUAGAGACACGGCACGCAGUGAGGGAGGAUUUUGGACCAUCUGUGUCCACGCUGAUAUCGGAGAUGCUUUGUAAAACAACCUGUGCACAGUCCUUGCACUCAGGAGUCGGCCUCCGCCUGGAAAACUUGGGGGCAAUGUUUGUGAAUCCCCCCCCCCUUCAGAUCCAUCUCUCUCGCUGGUACUCUGGCUAAACUCGGCCAUGAUUUAUUUUUGUUUUUGUUUUUUUUAAUCCCAAAAGUUUGGAUAGGAGUGCUGGGUCACCCUAUCGUGAUGUGUCACUCUGCUAUCUUCUCUUCCUGUUUAUUGCGGUACUCAAAUUGAGACGUGAGAAUUUCUCUUUUUCCAGUUAAAUGCGUUUUUGUACCCCCGACGUUUUGGAGCCCCAUGGCUCACCCGAGGCCCUCUGACCCUCAUCCUCAUUUCUACCCACUGGUUCUUUGUCCUUAUAGACUGUUAUGCUCCUUUGAACCCCUUUUCUGUGUGUGUGUUUUUUUUUUUUGUUGCCCGGGUCUCUGUGGAUGCGUACUUGGAGAGGUGUCUUUGUCCUUCGGUGGGCUCCAAUGUAGGACCAUACUAUAUUUCGGUGUGCCUUCAUAUUGCUGUUGCAGUGGGAUGUGUUUUUAGUUUGGGCUGCUGUGCAGAAAUCGUGUAUUGUCCUGCUUGCGACUGAGUAGGUGUCCCUAAUUUUUAACAAGAGCACGUGUCUGCUAAUGUGGAAACCCAUCCAAAGCUUUAAGAUUGUAUCCGGGUCUGGAAGUCCGUAAAGGGGAUGAGCGUGGACGUAGACGCUGUACUGUAUGAUAAAAUGUGCUUUAGGUAUUGAAGAUGUAAUCUUUCUUUCAAUGUUUUCCUUCUCAUUUUUAAAUAUUGUAGUCACUGUACAUCUAAAAACCAAAAAAAAGGCGAAUGGAUAAAAAGCACUUUGAGAUGAAACACACACAAAAAAAUGCACAUUUCUUCAAAUCGAAUUUGUUUUCAAAACAUUAUUUCAAUUUUGAAGUCAAAGCCUUAUGUCAUCCAGUUAUUCAGUGUCUCUCUAUUACCGUUUUUCAUCUUAUUUUGUUCCUGUUUUUGAAAAUAAAGUUGAAAGGAAGGGUUUUCAAAGGGUACAUGAGCACAAUAGCACAUUCAGCUACAUUAAGGAGCGUGUACUUCUAUUAUUUCAAGCUCAUUUCAUUCCUCCAGUCUCAGUGUGGAUGAUGUCAUGCUGACGUUGUCCCUGUAGCUCCACAUGGAAGACGUUAAAAUCAUUAUAAGAGACCGAUAUCACUGACCAGUCUGUCCCAAUAUCCUGUUCUCAUGUUGGUUUCUUUUAUUUUUUUUUUACAAACAAAUAAGACACGCGAUACUUGAAAUACUUCAGUCUAAAAUAAAGAGUCCAAAACUCUCAUUGUCUUUAACAAUAUAUAUAUA